AUGGGCAGGUUGUUGUACGAACUUGGACUUUUGGAUGAGCGAAAACGGCUAGCGAACGAACGCGAGAGUAAUAAAAUGGGCAAGGGAAGCUUUACGUGGGCCUGGGAGAUGGAUGGGACCCUCGAGGAGCGCGCAAGAGGGGUCACUAUGGACAUCGCACAACAGGUCUUAGAGACGCCGAAUAGACACAUCACGAUUCUGGAUGCUCCUGGGCACAAGGACUUCAUCCCGAAUAUGAUAUCCGGCGCUACGCAAGCAGACUGUGCUCUACUCGUCGUGGACGCAGCGACCGGAGAAUUCGAGGCAGGCUUCGAUCGUGGUGGACAAACAAGAGAACACCUUGUAUUGGUCCGUAGCCUUGGUGUUAGUCAGGUGGUUGUAGCAAUUAACAAGCUGGACCAAGUGAACUGGGAGAAAGACCGGUUCGACGAAAUCUGCGAAGCACUCAAGCCGUUCCUUACACAGACAGGCUUUAAUGCCGCGAAAGCGGGAUUCGUUCCCGUAGGCGCUCUCAGUGGUGUAAAUCUUGCCCAUAGGGAUGGCAAAGACGCGAAGGCUUUGAAGACUUGGUAUAAGGGCCCAACCCUUGUAGAUUUCUUGGAUAAAUUGGAACCGCCAAGUCGAGCGCUCACGGGGCCUCUGCGUUUUCCAAUUUCAAAUGUCUUCAGGGGAAUCACUAGUGGCACCGCAGUGUCAGGGAGACUAUGCAGUGGUGUUGUCCAGGUAGGGGAGCAACUUCGCAUUCUUCCAGGUGACGAAACAGCAAUUGUUAAAUCGAUUGAAGUGGAUGACGAAAACAAACCAUGGGCCGCCGCCGGCUCCAACGCCACUCUAUACCUCACCAACGUCGACCCAAUCAACCUGACAAUCGGUUCCAUUCUAUGUCCUCCAUCUGACUUAGUCCCUCUCACGACGUCCUUUACGGCACGGAUCAUUGUCUUCGACAUCGAGCUCCCAAUAACCAUCGGUGCACCCGUUGAGCUCUUCCACCACUCGUACAAUGUGCCUGCGACGAUCGCGGCGUUCCUCGUAACGCUCGAUCGUUCGACUGGAGCAGUGGUGAAGAGGAAUCCUAGGGUGUUGACGCGUGGUGUGUCAGCUGAGGUGAAGAUUGCUUUAAGAGGGCAAAGCAUAUCGGGACCUGCUGCACGCGCGCAGCCGAUUCCACUCGAGCCGUUUGCGGCCAAUAAGGAUAUGGGGCGGUUGCUUUUGAGAAGGGGUGGUGAGACGAUAGCAGCAGGUAUGCAUACUUAA